AUGAGCAUCAUGUUGGCGCUACAUCGCCGGCCAUGGACCUGCCGCCAAUGCCUGCAACGACUACGCUUCCGACGAGCCUUUGCGACGGCAACCUCGACGGCCACAGCGUCUAACUACGUUCCGGCAUAUCAAAGAACGCAGAAGAAGAGCACGGACGAUGCUACCCUGAGACGGGUCUUUGACUCGCAGGCGUUCUGGAAAGACUUCUCGCAGCGGAGUUCCGCGAGUCUCAAGCCGACUGGACUAGUGCAGAACCAAUACUUGACAACUCCAGACGGAUUCCGGGAAUUUGCCGGUGUGUCGCUGCAGAAAUGCCAGGCGAUCGUGGCCAAGGUCCUGGGGGCUUCGACGUUGGACGGGUAUCGGAAGAUCGCGCGGGAUCUGGAUCGUCUGAGUGACCUGCUGUGCCGGGUGAUUGAUCUCUCCGACUUUAUCAGGGUUAUUCAUCCGGACCCGCGCGUGCAGGAGGCGGCUACACAGGCUUAUGCUUUAAUGUUCGAGUACAUGAAUAUUCUCAACACGACCACCGGACUGCAUGAUCAGCUGAAAAAAGCGUUUGCGAAUCCGGAGGUGACAUCGCACUGGAGUGAAGAGGAAAUGAUUGUGGCGCAGAUAUUGAUCAAGGACUUUUCCAACUCCGCAAUCCAUAUGCCGCCUAAUGAGCGACAGCGGUUUGUGAAUUUGUCCAGCGAGAUCAGCCAGGUGGGUUCGGAGUUUGUGAAUAGCGCCGAACCUGCCAAAUCCCAUGUGGUUGUGCCUACGAACAGUCUCCGUGGUUUGGAUCCUAUUGUGAUCCAGAAGAUUAAACGAUGGAACCGGACAGCGCCGGUGCCAACUAUGGGGUUGAUCCCCCGACUGGCAUUGCGGUCGGUCCAUGAUGAGGAAGUCCGGAAGGAGAUCUAUCUGGCGACGCGGACCUCGAGUACACGACAAGUGCAUCGCCUUGAGCAACUUCUUGCGAGACGAGCGGAAUUGGCCAAACUCUCUGGGUACGAAAGCUUUGCGCACAUGACGCUCAGUGACAAGAUGGCCAAGACGCCAGAAGCAGUAUCGAACUUCCUGAUGUCCCUGGUGGGAAGCAACCGGGAACACGUCCAGGAGGAACUCUCUAAGCUGCAAAGCUUGAAGGGCUCGUCGUUGUCGCCUCUGCAACCAUGGGAUCAUGCAUACUACGUGCACCGACGGGUCAUGGAGUAUUCGCAGGCCCGCCGUUCGCGAGAACUCAACGCCGUCCCGGAGUUCUUCUCCCUGGGAACCGUGAUGCAGGGUCUCUCGCGACUGUUCGACCAACUCUACGGAGUGCGUCUAGUCCCACAAGAAACUGGCCCAGGUGAGACCUGGAACCCAGAUGUGCGACGACUAGACGUAGUCGACGAAUCUGAACGCCACAUCGCAGUCAUCUACUGCGACCUCUUCUCGCGCCCCAACAAACUCCCGAACCCAGCACACUUCACCCUCCGCUGCGCGCGCGAGAUUUCUGCCGAAGAAAUCGCCGAGUGCGCCUCACUAGCCGACUCCACGCACCACCCCAACGACGGCAUGGCUACAGCCGUCGACCCAACCACCAAAACCCUCCGUCAACUCCCCACCAUCGCGCUGGUCUGUGAUUUCCCCGAACCCGCCGGCACAGGCGGCCACCCCGCCCUUCUCAGCGAGCACAGCGUGCGCACCCUCUUCCACGAAAUGGGCCACGCCUUGCACUCCAUCCUCGGCCAGACUCGCCUGCAAUCCAUCUCCGGCACCCGCUGCGCAACCGACUUCGCCGAACUCCCCUCCGUCCUCAUGGAACACUUCGCAACCGCCCCAGAAGUCCUCUCCCUCUACGCCCGCCACUGGCAAACCGACGCCCCACUGUCCGAAUCCAUGAUGCGAAGCAUGGAACUUGACCGCACAGCCCACGGCUCCAUCUACGGCGCCGUCGAAAACGAAGCCCAGAUCCUCAUGGCCCUCGUCGACCAGGCAUACCACUCUGCAUCCCCCGGCUCAGCUAUCAAUAGCACAGCCGUCUACCACGAUGUCUUCAGUAAGCACUCCAGCCUGCCUGAUCCAGCAGACGCGCAGCCACCUACUUCGUGGCAGGGUUUCUUUGGGCAUUUGUACGGCUACGGCGCGACGUAUUACAGUUACAUUUUCGACCGCGCGAUUGCGAAUAAGCUCUGGGAGGAUGUAUUCCAGGGUGGCAAGGCUGCUGUGGACCGUGAGGCUGGGGAGCGGUACAAGAAUGAAGUGCUAAGGUUUGGUGGUGGAAGGAACGGGUGGCAUUGCGUCGCUGGUGUUUUGGGAGAGAGUAACCCCUCGAAUGCAAAUGGGAGACUUGUGGAGGGUGGUGAUGAGGCGAUGCGUGAAGUUGGAAGGUGGGGAUUGGGAAGGGAUGGGGUUUCUGGUUAG